UCUGGUUAGUUCAGGAGUGAAUGAAAAACAAAAAGUGUAAUAUAAUUUGUUAUAUAAAAUAAAUUUUUAUAAUGAAUAAUUUGUAUUCAAAAUUAAUUACGCACCGGCCAGUGCGAAAUCUAUGGAUGAUUGGAUGUACAAGAACGUUGUUCUCAAAACAUUUCUUAGGAAUCAAAGAUUAUGAAAUGCGACGAUCGGUUCAAUUACCAUUUGAUCCAAAGAAAGUGGAAUUAAAAUCGGAGACGGGAAAAUUGGCGGCAUUUAUAAAGUACUGGUUUCAUGUGCUAAACAAAGAAGAAUGUGUAGAAAAAUUUUCCAAAGUACAAACGAGCUUACGUUUAAUAUAUGACGAUCCAGCGGAAAGAAAAGCCUUCAAGUAUGGAACAUUGGUAAUGCGGAUGCUUCAUUACCUUGAUUUGCCGGACCAAGCGUUGAAGAUCUUCAACGAUGAACACAUCCCAAUGAUGUUUAAUGAGAUACAGUCGAAAUUGGUUCUAUUGGACCUUUUAUUCAAUCACAAAAUGUACGAGGAUAUGUUACACAUUAUAAAAAUGGACAAUGAAGAACAAGAAAAAAAGCACAAAGGACUAUCCGCUCAAUUGAAUUGUCUUGCAUUUGCUGCUUGUUAUAAGCUGAACACAGAAGCACACUUAAAAUAUGGUCUUGAUUUAUGGAAAAAAUUGCCUAAAGAGAUUCAACUACAUCAAAGUGCAAACUUCCUCAGUAUGUUGGCAAUAAAUUUGGGUCAUCCAAAAACUGCCUUGGAUAUUUUGGAAUCCAGCAAAAAAUUACAAGGAAACACAAUAAUAACAGUGUUUAUUCGGCUAAUUGCAUUAGCCGAUUGCGGCUAUUUUGCAGAGGCAAUCCAAUGCAUUCAACAAAAUAAGAAAGAUUUUCCGGAAGCUAACAUAUACACUAACGUGGUUGAAAGAAUUAACCAAAGUUUGAAUAAGUAUCCAACGACAGAAGACAAAGAAAAUUUUAUCAAAUUAUUAGAUACAAUUCCACAUCAUAAAUGGAAACAAACCUUCGAUGAAAUGAUUUGUUUUACUAUUGAUCCAAGCAAAGGGUCUUUAAAUCGCGCUCACUCUCCAAACUAUAGAAAUUUCUCGAAAGUCAAUGUAAACCGGCCAAAAACUUCACAGAAAUCUUCAAAACAAAAUGAAAACCAAGAGUCUACAAUAGAAUGAUACAAUUUAACUGCGUAUUCACGAACAUUUUCAUAAAUGAAUGUGUGGCAAGCUUUUGAACGCUUCGAUAGAUGAGAGUUAAGUUAAGAGAAGAAGAGGAGCCAUAUAAUAUUGUAAAUUCAAACAAUUUAGAUUUUAGAUAUAGUGAAAUGAUAUUGAUUUUACUUCUUCAUCUCUUUUCUUACCGUAGAUUUAAGUAAUUCAUGCCAAAAUAAAUUGAAUUCGGUAUGAAAAUCAUGCGACGAUCAAGAAAGUCAUAGAAAAAACUUGAUAAAAAAAAAUAUUAUAUUGUUCUCGCUCAUUUCGCUGAUUUUAUUCCAAAUUUCACGAGAGUGAUUAAAUUUCGAACUUUAUAAUUUCAUUCGUUUUUUUUUAAUUUGAAGUGUGAAUGUAGCGAUAGUUAGUAGAAUUCACUUGAAUAACAAAAAAAGUCGAAAUGCCGAAUUUGGCGAUCGUUAA